AUGGGAGGUUCUUGUGAGUCCCCCAGAGUCACCCCUCGAGAGGAGUCUAGAAUCACCCCUGAGGAUCGCCUCCCAGAAUCACCUUCUCAACCAAAGGCAAAAGAGAAAAAAGAACAAGAGUCUGUAGAGUCUAAAGAAUCUUUGAAGAAACGCAAGGAAUCUAAGAAAAAUACCGGUAAGAAAACAGAAGUUGACCUGAAAGAAUAUUCGAAAGAAUCACCCGAAGAAUCAGUCAAAAAGUCACCCAAGGAAUCUCCUAAAGAAUCACCCGAAGAAUCACCUAAAGAAUCACCCAAAGAAUCGCCUAAAGAAUCACCCAAGGAAUCACCCAAGGAAUCACCUAAAGAAUCACCUAAAGAAUCACCUAAAGAAUCACCCAAGGAAUCUCCUAAAGAAUCACCCAAGGAAUCUCCUAAAGAAUCACCCAAAGAAUCACCUAAAGAAUCACCCAAAGAAUCACCCAAAGAAUCACCUAAAGAAUCACCGAAGCGUCCGGAGCCCCCAACAUCUGGAAUGUCUGAACCUCAGAGCGUUAAGGAGAGCGUCUCGCUACGAGAAUGGCGACAGAAAAGAGAAGAGGAAGAAGAAGAAGAGAGGAAAGUAGAAGAAGAGGAAGAGCGAUUGAAGAGGGAAAAAGAGAAGAAACGCCGGGAGAAAGAAGAAGAGUGUCGGAAGAAGGAAGAAGAAGAAGAAGAGAGAGUUAGAAAAGAGGAACAAGAGCGAGUGAAAAAAGAAGAAGAGGAGAGGGUGAGAAAGGAAGAAGAAGAGAGGGUGAGAAAGGAAGAAGAGGAGAGGGUGAGAAAGGAAGAAGAGGAGAGGGUGAAAAAGGAAGAAGAGGAAAGGGUGAGAAAGGAAGAAGAGGAAAGGGUGAGAAAGGAAGAAGAGGAGAGGGUGAAAAAGGAAGAAGAGGAGAGGGUGAGAAAGGAAGAAGAAGAAAGGGCGAGAAAGGAAGAAGAGGAGAGGGUGAGAAAGGAAGAAGAGGAAAGGGUGAGAAAGGAAGAAGAGGAGAGGGUGAGAAAGGAAGAUGAGGAGAGGGUGAGAAAGGAAGAAGAAGAGAGGGUGAGAAAGGAAGAAGAGGAAAUGGCGAGAAAGGAAGAGAAGGAAAGGGUGAGAAAGGAAGAAGAGGAGAGGGUGAGAAGGGAAGAAGAGGAGAAUGUGAGAAAGGAAGAAGAGGAGAAAGAAAAGAAGAAGAUCGAGAAAAUGAAGAGAAAGCAAGAACAGGAGAAGAUGUUGGCGGAAGAAGAAGCGAAAAUGCACGAAGAUGAAGAGCGGAGAAAGAAAGAAAAAGAGAAGCUGAAGCAAAUGGAGGAAGAGAUGAAGAGGCAAGAGGAAGAAGAGCGCCUGAGAAAGAUGGAAGAGAGAGAGAAGGUGAGAAUACAGGAUGAGGUGAGGAGAAAAGAAGAAGAGAUCAUAAAGCUGGAAGAGAAGAAGAAAAAAGAAGAAGAGAGGAAGAAGGAAGAGGCCGAGAGAAUGACUAGUGAGCAAGAGAAAAAGAAAAAAGAAGAGGAGAAGCAAAAGAUUGAAUUAAUGAAGCGAAGGCGGCAAGAAGAAGAGCAAAGAUUGAAAGAAGAAGAGAGAAUAAAGCAUUUGGAAGAGAAACAGCGGCUCUUGAGAGAAGAGGAGAAAAGAAGAGCUUUAGAUGAAGAAAGAGAAGAAGAAGAAAGAAAGAAGAAGAGAGAAGAAGAGCGAGUGAAGAAAGAAAUGGAAAGAAAGUCGCUGGAAGAAGAAGAGGAGAGAAAAUUCAAUGAGGAGAAAGCCAGAAGAGAUGAAGAGAAGCUGCGUAAGCGUAAAGAAGAAGAAGAGAGAAUGGAAGAAGAGGCGAGAAAAAUUGAAGAAAUGAAAAUUAAAUUCAAAUUAGAUAAAGCCCGGAAAGAAGAAGAGCAAAGAAAGUGUGAUGAAGAGAAGCGCAAUAAAGAGGAAGAAGAGAAGAAGAUGGCCGAAGAAAAGCGCAGGAAGAAAGAAGAAGAAAAGAUGAAGAAAGUAGAAGAUCGAUUGGAUAACGAAACGAAGAGAAAGGAAGAAGAGCGAAAGAAAGAGGAAGAAAUGCGAAUGCUUCUCGAAGAAGAGAAAAAUGAGAAGGAGAGAGAGCGAGUGCGGCAAGAGAUGCUAAAGAGGAAGAAGGAAGAAGAAGAGCAAAGAAUGAAAGAAGAAGAGAGAUUGAAGCACUUGGAAGAGAAAUUGCGGUUUAUGAAAGAGGAGCAGCAACGGAGGAUGAACCAAGAGCAGAAAGAAGAAGAGGAGAGGAGAAAGAAGAGAGAGCAAGAACGGCUGGAGAAGGAAAUGAAGCGAAAGAAAAUCGAGGAAGAAGAAGAGCAGAAGCUCAUUGAAGAGCGAAGAAAAAGAGAAGAAGAGAAAAGGAAGAGAAGGCUGGAAAUGGAAGCAAAGUUUGAAGAAGAGAGUAAGAAACUUGAAGAGACUCAAAGAAAACUUGAGAUAGAAAAACGAAAGAAAGAAGAGGAGCAGCUAAAAUUGAAUGAAGAGAAGCGAAUAAAGGAACAAGAAGAAAUGAAGAGAGCUGAAGAGAAGCGUAAGAAGAAGGAAGAAGAGAAAGCCAGGAGGGAGAAUGAGCAGCUGGAAGAACUUAAGAAAGAAGCUGAGAGAAUAAAAAUGGAGAAAGAAGCGCUGAAAAGAGAAGAGAAAGAGAGACUGAAGAGCGAAGAGCUUCUUCUCUUGAAGAGAGAAGAAGAAAGGAAGCAGAAAGAGAAAGAAAGAAAAAUUCAAGAGGAAGAAAAUAAAAGGAAAGAUGAAGAGAGAAUCGAGAGAAGGAGGAGAGAAGAAGAAAGAGUGAGGAGGGAAGAAGAGGAAAGAAAGAAAAUAGAAGAAGAAUUUGCUCUGAAAAAAGAAAAAGAAAAAAUUCGCAAAGACUUGGAGAGGAAAAGGCUGGAAACAGAGCGCGAAAAGAAAGAAGAAGAAAGAUUAGAAAAGAAGAAGAGGGAGGAAGAGGAGCGAAAAAAGAAAGAACAAGAGAAGAGAAAAAGGGAAGAGGAGAGGAUACAGGCGGAGAAACUAGCUGAGGAGAAAAUGGAAGAGGUAAGGAAGAAAGAGAAAGAAGCCUUGGAGAGAAAGAAGAGAGAAUUGGAGGAGAAGAAUAAACAGGAAGAGGAAAGGUUGAAGAGAAUGGAAGAAGAGAGACGGAAGAAAGAGCAAGAAGAGUGGCAGAGGCUUGAACGCGAGAUGAAAGAAAGAGAGAACAUGAAACACCGAAUGAAAGAAGAAGAGCUGAAAAAGAAAGAGUUGGAACGAAGACGGAAAGAAGAAGAGAGAAGAGCAAAAGAAGAAGAGAAGCUCGACAACCUCCGUAAACAAGAAGAGCUUCGAAAGAGAGAAGAGUUGGAGAAGCUGGAAAGCUCGAUUAAAAAGGAAAAAGAAGAGCGUCUGGAAAAAGAGAAAAUGAAAGUUACUGAAGCGCAAAAGAAGAGGAAAGCCACCAAGGAGAAGGAAGAAGAAGAAGAAGAAGAAAAAAAGAGGCUCUUCAGUGAACGAAAAGAAGAGCGCAUGGACUUACAAUUAUCGGUAAUUGAAAAAAAAGAAUGAAUUGUUUGAUUAUUAAUUAUUUAUUAAUAUAA